GGCGUUCUGAUUGGCGGGCUCCGGCCAGCGCAGCCGAACGGGCCGCGGGAUGGAGUCGCCUGAGGGAAACGGGUCCGGAGGGGACUUCGCCGUGCCCAGCUCGCCACGGGGCUCCCCGGCCGUGCCCGGGCCCACGCGCCUCCGGGCCUUCCUCUGGUGCCGGGAGUUCCUGGCCGGCGCUUGGCGCUGCCUGGCGGCGCCCGAAGACCUCGGCAUCGUCCCCGUCAGCGGGGGGCUGAGCAACCUCCUCUACAAGUGCACCCUCCCGGAUCACAUUGUGACUGCGGAAGAUGAGCCACGCCAAGUUCUGCUGCGCAUCUACGGAGUCAUCCUCCAGGGGGUCGACUCGCUGGUUCUCGAGAGCGUCAUGUUUGCCAUCCUGGCCGAGCGCAUGCUGGGACCGCGACUCUACGGCAUCUUCCCCCAGGGGCGCCUGGAGGAAUAUAUCCCGAGCCGCCGCCUGAUCACGGAGGACUUGCCCGACCCCAGCAUCUCGGGGGAGAUCGCCACGAAGAUGGCUCGCUUCCACGAGAUGGUGAUGCCCUUCAAUAAGGAGCCCAAGUGGAUGUUCGGGACGAUGGACAAGUACUUGAAGCAGAUCUCCGAGCUGACCUUCCCCCAGGAAGCCCAGCUGCAGAAGCUCAAUAAGCUCAAGGCGUACAACUUGGAAGCAGAAAUGUGCAGCCUCAGGGAGCUGCUGGAGUCCACCCAGUCCCCUGUGGUCUUCUGCCACAACGACGUGCAAGAAGGGAACAUCCUGCUCCUGGCUGGGCGCGAGGCCGCCGCCUCCGACCGCCUCAUGCUGAUCGACUUUGAGUACAGCAGCUACAACUACCGGGGCUUCGACAUCGCCAAUCACUUCUGCGAAUGGGUGUACAACUACGCCUACGACCAGUGGCCUUUCUACAAAGCCAGCCCAGAAAACUACCCCAGCCGCCACCAACAGCUGCAUUUUAUCCGCUGCUACCUGGAGGAGGCGGCUGGGAAGAAAGGCCGCCCGUCACCGGAAGAGCAGGAGCGCCUCGAGGAGGAGAUGCUUCUGGAGAUCAGCCGAUUUGCAAUGGCCUCCCACUUCUUCUGGGGCUUGUGGUCCAUCUUGCAGGCCAAGAUCUCCACCAUCGAGUUUGGCUACCUGGAAUAUGCCCAGUGCCGCUUCGAAGCCUACUUCCAGCAGAAAUCUCUGUGCGAGUGACCCUCGCCCGUCCUGCCUCCGCGCCCAGGCUUUGGCCUGGCUGGCGCCGUCGCGGGACCCAGGCUCGGAACUCCUGGACCUCAAGAGGCACCGUUGCCAUUGGACCAAAGCUCUCUCCCCGGACGCAGAAGGAGGGUUGGCUGGCCAGCGCUCGUUCCGCAGCAGCAAAAACUCUUUGGCUUCUGGCUGGGGUGGUCCACAGCCGGGCAAGGGGGCCACGGAGCCCCCGUGGGGUGGCAGCACACCCGGAGGAUGCCAGGCAGCUAAAUGCUACAGGCAUGGCUUCCGGCAGGCGAGGCAGGAGUUCCCUCCAUG